GGAGAGCUGAAGACACGCUGGGCGGACAACUGCUUAUCUAGGACAGCAUCAUGCUCGGUCUGCUGCGCCCCCUACUGGUCGUCUGCCUGUACCUGCUGCCGCCCGGCGGACAGGGCUGGAUCCCUGGCUACAACAACGGCUUCUAUUACCAGGACAUCAGCAACGGAAACGGAAACGGAGAGAUCUACUUUAAUGGGGUCCGUCUCCACGUGGAGUCCCCGCAGCUCUCAGUGUCAGCCACCAGAGGGAGCAGCGUCACCCUCCCCUGUCACUACCACUACGAGCCUGAGCUGACCACGCCGCGCAGGACCCGGGUCAAAUGGUCCUGGCUGCCUGCCAACACCGUCAGUGCACCUGCUUCCCCCGAGGCCUUCGCCAGGGAAACUGAGGUGAUGGUCGCCAUGGGCAACCGUCAUCGCAGCUAUGGCAGCUUCCGAGGCCGCGUGCGCCUGCGACGCUCAGCGCCAGGGGACAUGUCUCUCGUGAUCAAUGAGCUGCAGCUCAACGACACGGGCAGAUACCGAUGUGAGGUGAUUGAUGGGCUGGAGGACGAGAGUGUGACGGUGGACCUGGAGCUGCGGGGUGUGGUGUUUCCCUACUACUCUAAGAAAGGACGCUACCAUUUGAACUUCUUCGGGGCCCAACAAGCGUGCCAGGAUCAGGACGCCACUCUGGCUACAUUUGAGCAGCUCUUCACAGCGUGGGAGGAGGGGCUAGACUGGUGUAAUGCUGGCUGGUUAGCUGAUGGCACAGUGCAGUAUCCAAUCACAGCCCCGCGUGACGGCUGCGGCGGCUUGGACUUAGCUCCUGGUCUACGCAGCUAUGGACAACGACAUCGCUUCCUCAACCGCUAUGAUGCUUUCUGCUUCUCUGCCUCUGUCAAAGGCACCGUGUACUUCUUAAAGCACCAGAAGAAGCUCAACUUCACGGAAGCGGUCCAGGCCUGUGCCAGUGAUGGAAGUCAAAUUGCCAAAGUGGGACACAUGUACGCCGCCUGGAGACUCAUGGGAUUGGACCGCUGUGACGCCGGCUGGUUGGCUGAUGGGAGUGUCCGUUAUCCUAUCACGAAGGCCCGCGCUAACUGCGGACCACCAGAACCAGGGGUGCGUAGUUUUGGGUUCCCUCCUCUGUACCUGAAAUUUGGCGUCUACUGUUAUCGGUAG